UUGUCCAAAUUUAAGUUUCGUGUCAGGGCUGCUCACAAAGUUAAAGCCAUAAGAACAAAACUGGAUGACAUAGCAUCUAGGAGAUUUGAGUUAAACUUGACCUCUAGUGACACAAGUCAUGUAGAUGUGGGAGUUAAAGGUAAGAUGCCGAAUAGGGAAACGAGCUCGCUUAUACUUGAUUCUUCAAAAAUUUUAGGAAGAGAUGAAGAGGUGGAGAUGGUUACAAGAACGAUAUGCAACAAAGAUAUAGGAAAAUAUGACAAUGGUGAGAUUCGGGUGUAUGGUAUAUGGGGUAUGGGAGGCAUGGGAAAGACUACUUUAGCUCAAUUAGUCUAUAACCAUGAGAGGGUUGAUCAACAUUUCGACUUACGAUGUUGUGUGUAUGUCGAUGUUGUGUGUAUGUCUCUGAAAACUUCCAAGUUAAAGAGAUAAUAAAAGGAAUCAUCACAUCCAUAGAUAAACGUGAGUGUACACUUACACAUCUAGAUGUGUUGCAAGAGUCCCUCCAAAACAAGUUAAUGGGAAGGAAAUUCUUAAUCGUACUAGAUGAUGUUUGGGUUGAAGAGAACGAAGAGGGAAAAUGGAAAACCUUAAGUGGAACAUUAAGUUGUGGGGCAGAAGGAAGUAUUGUUGUGAUGACAACACGGUCAGAGAAAACUUGUCGAAUGAUGGCUAAGGUUGGCGAGUUACAACAUGAACUCGAUUGUUUAUCAGAAGAGGACUCGUGGUUAUUAUUCAAGAAGCAUGCAUUUGCACAAGGAAGAGUGGGGGAUGACGUACGUAAGCUAGAGCCUAUUGGAAGGGAAAUAGUUGUGAAAUGUAAAGGACUGCCUUUGGCAGUGAAGACUUUGGGUAGCUUAAUGUGGUCAAAAAGUAGUAGCAAUGACUGGCAACGUGUGAAAGACCUAAUUUAAAGAGAUGUUUUUCUUAUGUUUGUUUGUUUCCUAAAGGCUAUACACUAGGAAAGGAUGACCUAAUUUCGUUAUGGGUGGCGAACGGUUUCAUUCCGCCUAGAGGAGAAACAGACUUGUAUGUGAUUGGGGAAGAAAUUUUUAAUUGUUUGAUUUGGAAAUCCCUCUUCCAGGUUGAAGGCCAAUAUGGUAUUGAAAGAUGUAAAAUGCAUGAUCUAGUGCAUGACAUGGCACGACAUGUAAUGAAACAUGAUUGUUUAGUUAUAAAGCCUGCUUGUAACGAGGAUGGAAUCCCAAAUGAGGUGCUUCAUUUGAGCUCGUCAUGUUCGGAUGAAAAGUUAAUUUUAUCAUCUGAGGAUUUAGGAAAGUUAACAUCAUUAAGGUCAAUAUUCAUGUUCGGGGAGGGGGAUGAAGGCUGCAUUAGUCAACUUUUCAACCACAUGUAUGUAAGGGUAUUACACUUGGCUCUUACUAACUAUUGGACAUUACCAGAAUCAAUUUGUAAACUCAAACAUCUAAGAUACUUGAAUUUAUCAGGUUCAUCUAAGAUACUUGAAUUUAUCAGAUACUUGAAUUUGCAAGUGUUGAUUUUAUGUUAUUGUGGGAACUUGCGUCAAUUGCCUGAAUCGAUUAGCAAGCUCGGAUAUCUGAAAUACUUGACCUUAGCAUGGUCGGAAUAGAAGUUUUACCUGACGGCCUAAAAGACAUGAUUAGCCUUCAACGUUUGGACAUCAACAAAUGUUUUUCACUCCGACAUUUGCCGUUUGGAAUCGAGAAACUAACUAGUCUUUGAAUGCUUUCACGGUGAAGGGGUAUGGUCCCAGAUCUAGCGUCAGCAUCGACCGCGAGUGACCAUUACCCUUCUCAAAAC